CGCCUUGUUGUACUUAGGAUCAUACACCAAUCGAAUCACCAAUCGCUGUCGUACAUGCACAUUGUGGCAGGAGAUGCUGAUGCAGCCAAGACUUUGAAGAAGAAUGAAGUCUGUGAGGUGGCAAAGUUAAGAGAAGAAGUUGACAGCCUUAAGAAGAUGAAGUUUGCUGCCAUUCAACCUGCUAUGGCUACGGUGAAUGCGACAGAUACUUCGGUGCGCCUCCAGCAUGAGUUUGACGAAGCGAAGAGACGAGCGCAAGAUGCUAACGAACGAUGGAUCGCAGCUUUAGAAGAGCAGGUUCAGACUCUGAAGCACAUCACGGAGGAAGCGGUUAGCGAGGCUGAAGGAUGGAAACUGGAAGCGCAAAGCCCUGGAAAUAAACGCGGGGGUAUCGCUAUCGGGGUGACACCUAGCCCCCAGAUCCGGACAAGGCCAAGGUGUGCUCCGGUCCCGACUCCAGUGAACACAAAAAAGAAGCAAGUGGAAGACUACAGUGAGUUGGUGGCACGUCACUUCUGAAAGAAGUCGACCUUCUGAAAGAAAUGAGGAUUCGAGAGUUCAACAGAAGACGAGAGGUGGAACAAGCUAACGAUAAGCUGAGAGAGGAAAAGGAUAAAGAAAUUGAGAGGCUGAAGGAAGCGUUGAGCAAGGUGCAGGUGGCUUCAGCGGAAAAACAGAGAGCGUCAAGAACAAAAAUGCAUUAGACGG